GGCCCAAAUGUGUCUUUUGUGACAGGAACCUUCCUCUUGUUGACUGUUGACCUCCUCGGUGAGUCCAGGUGAGUCGUGUUAAGUCCCUUGUCUGGUUCACCAAUACAUCGACGAAGUUGUGAAAACGGAGGAGCCCAGCAAGCCGUCAAGCUGACCUUUUCCAGCCGGAAGAUGUUUGCUACAGCCACCAGAAACUUCGUUGAGGAGGUGGACCCUGGAGGUUUGUUGAUCCCAGUGAGAAGCCCCAAUGACUCCCUCACUCUGCUCACUGUGGUGGUGAGACAGAAACGUUUCUGGUUCUGGCAGAAGCCCAAACAUCUCCCAACUGACUUUACCCUCAACGACAUCCUCACAGGUGACACUAUAGCCCCAGAUGUAAUAGAGACAGACUUCAUCAAAUACAAUGGGACAUACAGUGACAACAUUCAAGGGACAAUGGAUGCAAAUUUCAUCCAUUCCAACAUGAACAUGAAAGGCGAAGAGUCUUCCAAGCUGCAGUCGUCAUUUGGCAGUUUGAAGAAAGAUGAAGUGGAUGUGCGGAAGCUGCUCCAAGACUCCAAAAACAGGGUCCUGGACAUGUCCCACUGUCUGAUCCAGCAGACUCGGAAGAACCGACAGGUGUUUGGCAUCGUGAAGGAGCGCAUUGUGACCAGCCAGCCUUGUUGUGUCAUAGAGGAAAUGCAGCAGACAGGACAGUGUGCAGGGACACUCAGCCUCUGUGGACCCAAGAGUCCAAAGGUUUCACUGAAAGACAAUGGCAGUCUGAGCAAAGACAGCAACGUUACCAUGGAGAUUCGCACUAACACCACCUUGGCCUAUGCCCUCAUUGAGCUUGAGGUCAAGCAUGACGGUCGUUAUGAGCUGUGUCUGAUGUCAAACACCAAAGGGGGCUUCGAGGUCGACAGUCCCGGUAAGGAAGGACUACAGGGUGUCACCGGAGCUUCAGUGCUGAAAAACCCUGAAAUCAGCCGUCUCAGGCAAGAAAUGGAUCAUCUGUGUGGUCAUUUCCAGCUACUAGCAACUCUUCCUGCCUCCGCCAAGUCCUCUCUGCUGCAGCACAUCACAGCAGUGCUGGAGGACAGAACGUCUCUCAGUGCUCUUCAGAGCAUGCUGGACCAGAUGCUCCUGGAUAAGAGCGCAGACAUCGCCGAUGUUCCGUUGGCACAUAAAGAAAACAUUCAGGCUGUACUGGACGUCCUGGUGGAAUCGGAAAAGGGGUUAGCUAAGACAGAGCGGUCCACCACAGUCCUCCGUGCAGUUCACCUUGUUACCAGUGCUUUGGACGAGCUAACAAGUGAUUGCCUUGCUGCACUGAGAGUCUGUUGCAGUGCUGAUGUGUUAAAAAUCAUGGAGCUUCUGGUGAAAUGUGUAUCAGCAAGCGGGGAGUCGCCAGCAAGUGGAGCGGACCUGGCUGUGCUGACAGAGGACGUCUUGUCCAACAUUGAACAUCUGUUUGCUUCCGCUAAUGUGACCCUGAGGAGAGACAGUGACGCAGUGAGGACCGAAAUAAACCAUAAACCGGGUAACCGUCCACUCAUUAUGUGUAUCGCUCUGAGAGGCCUUUAUUCACUGGCCCACUGAUUUUGACUCCAAAACUCUUCUUUGCUUUCAUAAGCUCAAACACUUCAUGUACUGUUUUUUUUUACUGGAAAUAUGUAUUGUAAAGAAAAGCCCCCAAUAAGCUACUUAAAUGGUCUUCUAUACUGUAACACGACGACAUUCAUUUUUAUAAGCACCGCAUGAUUUAUGUGUAAAUGUGCUUUGUCAGUGUCUUCGGUCAUUUCUAAAUUAAGCAUUGGAAGCUUUCACAAUCUCACCCCUACCACCGCCUUCUUACCCCUUUUUAGUGCAGUAAUUGAAAUACUUAAAUGCCUAUUUAUAUAAAUUAUGUAAUGUUGCUUUCAUUGUAUUUCAUUAUGAUCCUUAUCUCUCUCCAUGAUUGGCUGAGACAAAUCACAUUUUCUACUUCCCCAUAGUGAGAUGUGCAAAGAUUGAGACUACAAGCCUCAUUUUGGAACACUAACAAGCAAAACAAGUUUAAUUGCAUGCUUUAUUCUUGAAUGUGCAUAACAUACACCUCUUCAAAUAUUUUUACCUUCUCUACCCAUCUCUGUAUGUUUUGAAAUAUGGAACAGAAUGAUUAAAAAAAUACACAUCUUCCAUUUUUAA